AUGUCGUCCACCGAGGGCAAGACGAUCACUUGCAAGGCCGCCGUCGCCUGGGAGGCCGGCAAGGAGCUCAGCAUCGAGGACAUUGAGGUCCUUCCUCCCCGCGCCCACGAAGUCCGCAUUCAGAUUUACUACACUGGUGUCUGCCACACAGAUGCCUACACCCUCUCCGGCAAGGACCCCGAGGGUGCUUUCCCCAUUGUUCUCGGACACGAGGGUGCUGGCAUCGUCGAGUCCAUCGGUGAGGGCGUGACCAACGUCAAGGUUGGCGACCAUGUCGUCGCGCUCUACACGCCCGAGUGCAAGGAGUGCAAGUUCUGCAAGUCCGGCAAGACGAACCUCUGUGGCAAGAUUCGCGCCACCCAGGGCAAGGGCGUCAUGCCCGACGGCACCUCCCGCUUCCGCGCCCGCGGCAAGGAUCUCCUCCAUUUCAUGGGCACGUCGACCUUCUCCCAGUACACCGUCGUCGCCGACAUUUCAGUCGUCGCCGUCCAGCCCGACGCCCCUAUGGACAGGACCUGCCUGCUCGGCUGCGGCAUCACCACAGGCUACGGCGCCGCCCGCAUCACGGCCCAGGUUGCCGAGGGCGACAACAUUGCCAUCUUUGGCGCCGGCUGCGUCGGCCUGUCUGUCGUCCAGGGCGCCGUUGUCAACAAGGCAGCCCGCAUCAUCGUCGUCGACGUCAACCCCACCAAGGAGGCGUGGGCCAAGCAGUUCGGCGCCACCGACUUUGUCAACCCCAACGACCUCAAGGACGGCCAGACCAUCGUCGACAAGCUCGUCGAGAUGACCGACGGCGGCUGUGACUACACCUUCGACUGCACUGGCAACGUCACUGUCAUGCGCGCCGCCCUCGAGGCCUGCCACAAGGGCUGGGGUCAGAGCAUCGUCAUCGGCGUCGCCGCCGCCGGUCAGGAGAUCAGCACCCGCCCCUUCCAGCUCGUCACUGGCCGCGUCUGGAAGGGCUGCGCCUUUGGCGGCGUCAAGGGCCGUUCCCAGAUGGAGGGCCUCGUCUCUGACUACCUGAAGGGCGCCCUCAAGGUCGACGAGUUCAUCACUCACCGCAAGACCUUGCCGCAGAUGAACGCCGCUUUUGAGGUCAUGAAGUCGGGCGACUGCAUCCGCGCCGUUGUCGACAUGCGCGACCUGUCGGAGUAA